UGCGGCUUUUAAUUAAAAUACAGCCCGGUUGCUCUUUAUGGCUAACGGGGUCGUGUAAAAGUCCGUAUUUACGGCAAACGAGUGGCUGCUUAAUCUAAUGCUGACAGUCAGGGUAAAGCAAAUGGAAGUUCCUGAGAUCAUGGAGGGAGAUCCAUUUGACAUUUUUUUUGACAACGAAGCACUAAGUGAUAGGACGCUUUAUAUCGUAGAAGUAGAAGAAGUUGUGAACAUUUCCUGUGAUGCUGGAACAAAUAAAAGAAAGUUAACAGUGGGUGAAGGCUGUCCUGUGCAACAGACAUGUGAAAAGAAAUAUAAAAGUUCAGAGUCUGAUCCUUGCAGCUUUUCAAAAGACGUACCCAUCAACAACGUGGAAAAGGGAUCUUCAACUUCAUUUACUGAUGAAAGAAGACAAGAAAGCGUAAAUACAGAUGACAUUCCAGUUAUUGAGAUAGACGCUGAGGAAGUUACAGAAAGUGUCGAAGUAGCGGCCUGUUCGGACGAGGAGCUGACGAACAUUGAAAACGAGGAGUCGUCAUCUGUUGAUGUACAGCCGAUAAAAGUGGAAGAAACUGGGGAGAGCAUAACAUGUGAUGUCAAAAGUGAACAGAUAUUUCAAAUUGUUGAACAAACUUGCUCGACAAAAGAGAAUGCUUUCUCGUCUGUCCUUUCUAAUCCUAUAAACUGCAACAAUGUACCGAAUGAUCAAGGUAACGUCAUUGAGAAAAAUGUUAUAAAAUCAACAAAAGUGCAUGUGCACAGCGUAAUACUUGCGGCAAAAAGCUCUUUCUUUAACUGCCUUUUCUCGAGUGGGAUGAGAGAAACCAAUGAGAAGGAAAUCAAAGUUCAAGUUCGGAAGGGUGAGACCGAGCCUAUGCUGAUCCUGUUACGUUGUUUUUAUAACAAACAACAUAUAAACAGCCACGAUCUAAAUACUGUACUGGAAGUUUGUUUUCUUGCCAUGCGGUAUUGUUAUGACGGAUUGAUUAGUGCGUGCUUAGAUUUCUUAAGCAAAAAAGCCAAAACCUUGGUCAAACUUACUGAAAUUAACAAAAUUGUGUUACUUGUCUCUGCAAUGGAGAACCAGUUACCAUUUCACCAAAGUAUGUGCGCAAACGUGAAGAAAAUGUGCGCACCAGUGCUCAUCUAUAUGUUCUCUCCCUUAGACGAAUGUCUUGAAAAGACGCCAGGGAAAUUUAUUCAGCUACCUUUGUGUACGUUAAAUUUGUUUCUGGAGCCUAACGUUCAACAUCAGAUUAACAUUAAACAUAAGAAUUUGUUUGUGUACUGCAUGCAAGUUUGGUUGAAAUCAAGAGAACCGCUUUUGGCGGAGGAUGCCAAGUUUAAAAGCGAUGUUCUGAUUUUUAUUGAGAAGUUAUUGUCGGUUGUUGAUACCAACCACGUCACAGGUGACUUCCUUACAAACGUCAUGACGUGUGAAAAUUCGCCUUUCUCGAUCUGGGGCGGUUAUAAAGACUGGUAUAUAAACAAGUUACAAGAAUGUAUUUACACUUACGGAAUUCAGAAUUCCGUAGCGUCCCUAACCGUAAAACCCUACAUGGUGCUAAAAAGAAAAAGAUACGCCAAGUUCGUUCGCCAGGAGAACGACGCAGAUAUAUUUUCUCUUGGUUGCCCGAUUAUAUUAAACGGAUUUGAAAUCGGGAUAUAUUUACGGGGUCGACAAAGUACGAGACUGCAAAUUUUAUGUAAAUGUAAGAACAUGUUGCAGAAUAAGCAAGGUUUCGGCAAAAGUUCGUUAGCAUUUAAACUAAAUGGUAUUAUCAAACUGAAUGGUCGUCCUAACACGUGGAGUGUUCCUUUUCCUACUUCACCGCGCGAGUGGUUUCAGUUUAGAUAUAAACACAAUACGAUGUUUGCAGAAAUGUAUGAGCUGUGCAAACUAAGACCAGAUAUAUACACAUUGGCCAAACAGUUCGGAUUUGUGGUUUCUUUUCAACUGGAGCAAAUAAAUUAAAAAAUAGAGAGUGUAGAUCCUUUAGGACAGCCCACUGGCGACUUAGGUUAGAAGCUUGUUUUAUGGAACAGGCUUACUAGAGCGAGCUGAUGGUUGGUAGAAAACACUAAAUCUUUUUUUAGUUUUAAUUCUGUAAAUUUGUAAAAUUUUAAAAUGUAAAUUAGACUCCGCAUCUUAAGAGCUACAUAGAUGUUGCGUAGCAGUAGAUCAAUCUCAUUGUUAA